AAAAAAAAAAAAGUAAAUCAAACCUUUGAGAAGCAUUUGCUGGUUGAAGUGCUUUCUGUCUAGUGAGGGGGUCUGUGGAUUUCUAGUUUAUGAUAAAUAGGACUUUAAAAACCAGGGACAGGAGGGCGAGUGUUCAGGUUCUAGAGCUAUGCAGCUGGAGCACUGCCUUUCUCCUUCUAUCAUGCUCUCCAAGAAAUUUCUCAAUGUGAGCAGCAGCUACCCACAUUCAGGCGGAUCUGAGCUUGUCUUGCACGAUCAUCCCAUUAUCUCGACCACUGACAACCUGGAGAGAAGUUCACCUUUGAAAAAAAUUACCAGGGGGAUGACGAAUCAGUCAGAUACAGACAAUUUUCCUGACUCCAAGGACUCACCAGGGGACGUCCAGAGAAGUAAACUCUCUCCUGUCUUGGACGGGGUCUCUGAGCUUCGUCACAGUUUCGAUGGCUCUGCUGCAGAUCGCUACCUCCUCUCUCAGUCCAGCCAGCCACAGUCUGCGGCCACUGCUCCCAGUGCCAUGUUCCCGUACCCCGGCCAGCACGGACCGGCGCACCCCGCCUUCUCCAUCGGCAGUCCCAGCCGCUACAUGGCCCACCACCCGGUCAUCACCAACGGAGCCUACAACAGCCUCCUGUCCAACUCCUCACCGCAGGGCUACCCCGCGGCCGGCUACCCCUACCCACAGCAGUACAGCCACUCCUACCAAGGAGCCCCGUUCUACCAGUUCUCUUCCACGCAGCCCGGACUGGUACCCGGCAAAGCGCAGGUGUACCUGUGCAACAGGCCCCUCUGGCUGAAAUUUCACCGCCACCAAACGGAGAUGAUCAUCACCAAACAGGGAAGGCGCAUGUUUCCUUUUUUAAGUUUUAACAUUUCUGGUCUCGAUCCCACGGCUCAUUACAAUAUUUUUGUGGAUGUGAUUUUGGCGGAUCCCAAUCACUGGAGGUUUCAAGGAGGCAAAUGGGUUCCUUGCGGCAAAGCGGACACCAAUGUGCAAGGAAAUCGGGUCUAUAUGCAUCCGGAUUCCCCCAACACGGGGGCUCACUGGAUGCGCCAAGAAAUCUCUUUUGGAAAAUUAAAACUUACAAACAACAAAGGAGCUUCAAACAACAAUGGGCAGAUGGUGGUUUUACAAUCCUUGCACAAGUACCAGCCCCGCCUGCAUGUGGUGGAAGUGAACGAGGACGGCACGGAGGACACCAGCCAGCCUGGCCGCGUGCAGACAUUCACUUUCCCCGAGACACAGUUCAUCGCCGUCACCGCCUACCAGAACACCGAUAUUACACAAUUGAAAAUAGAUCACAACCCCUUUGCAAAAGGAUUUCGGGAUAAUUAUGACACGAUCUACACUGGCUGCGACAUGGACCGCCUGACCCCCUCGCCCAACGAUUCCCCGCGCUCGCAGAUCGUGCCCGGGGCCCGUUACGCUAUGGCCGGCUCUUUCCUGCAGGACCAGUUCGUGAGCAACUACGCCAAAGCCCGCUUCCACCCGGGUGCGGGCGCGGGCCCCGGGCCGGGCACGGACCGCAGUGUGCCCCACACCAACGGGCUGCUGUCGCCGCAGCAGGCCGAGGACCCGGGCGCGCCGUCGCCGCAGCGCUGGUUUGUGACACCGGCCAACAACCGGCUGGACUUCGCCGCCUCGGCCUACGACACAGCCACGGACUUCGCGGGCAACGCGGCCACGCUGCUCUCCUACGCGGCGGCGGGCGUGAAGGCGCUGCCGCUGCAGGCGGCGGGCUGCACCGGCCGCCCGCUCGGCUACUACGCCGACCCGUCGGGCUGGGGCGCGCGCAGCCCCCCGCAGUACUGCGGCGCCAAGUCGGGCUCGGUGCUGCCCUGCUGGCCCAACAGCGCCGCGGCCGCCGCGCGCAUGGCGGGCGCCAACCCCUAUUUGGGCGAGGAGGCCGAGGGCCUGGCCGCCGAGCGCUCGCCGCUACCGCCCGGCGCCGCCGAGGACGCCAAGCCCAAGGACCUGUCCGACUCCAGCUGGAUCGAGACACCCUCCUCCAUCAAGUCCAUCGACUCGAGCGACUCGGGGAUUUACGAGCAGGCCAAGCGGAGGCGGAUCUCACCCGCCGACACGCCGGUGUCCGAGAGCUCGUCGCCGCUCAAGAGCGAGGUGCUGGCCCAGCGGGACUGCGAGAAGAACUGCGCCAAGGACAUAGGCGGCUACUACGGCUUCUACUCGCACAGCUAG